UUUUCCUUCUGCUUCCAGCACCGAGUGGAUUUACUUCAGCUGAUGAUUAACUCUCAGAAUUCCAAAGAAACAGACUCCCAUAAAGGUAAACAAGGCAUGCUUCAGAGGGGCAGUGAUGGGGAGGCUCAGAGGCAGUUGACCACCUUAACUUGGAACACUUGGUUAAAAUUGUUUCUGAAAAUCAUCACAUCUCUUGGCAGUUCAUACUGUGAUUCAGUAGUUUUUGCAACUCCCACCUAUGAUGCCCUGGCUCAGAUGGAGUAUCUUGACAUGGUGAUGAAUGAAUCCCUCAGACUAUUCCCAAUUGCUGGUAGACUUGAGAGGGUCUGUAAGAAGGAUGUGGAAAUCAGUGGGGUGUUCAUUCCCAAAGGAACAGUGGUGAUGGUGCCAAGCUUUGUUCUUCACCUAGACCCGACGUACUGGACAGAGCCAGAGGAGUUCCGUCCUGAAAGGUUUAGCAAGGAGAACAAGGACAGGAUAAAUCCUUACAUAUACACACCCUUUGGAAGUGGACCCAGAAACUGCAUCGGAAUGAGGUUCGCUCUCAUGAACAUGAAAAUUGCUCUCGUCAGAGUUCUGCAGAACUUCUCCUUCAAACCUUGCAAGGAAACACAGAUUCCUGUGGAACUAGAUUUUCAAGGAAUUAUUCAACCAAAAAAUCCCAUUAUUUUAAAGGCUGAGUUGAGAGAUGGGACUGUAAGUGGAGCCUGACUUUCCCUAAGGACUUACACUUUGUUCUUCAAGGAAGUCAUAUCCCCUGACACCAGAGAUCUCAGUGUACUUUGUGAAUAAACAAAACAGAAAUGAAGAUGGGCUUAA